AUGGAUACCAGCAGCAGCAGCAACAGCUCUGAGAAGGUAACGCAUGUGGAUGAAGAAGUGUAUGGACGCUUUGCGCUCAUUCGUGCUGGAGUUUUAGGACUGGUGUUUGUUCUCGCAACAAGUGGCAAUGUUUUCUUUUUGUUCACACUUUGGAGGAGGCGAAAAAGAAGUACAAGAACCCAGCUGUUUCUCUUCCAUCUGUGUUUGGCAGAUCUGGUGGUCGCCUUUUUCCAAGUCCUACCGCAGUUAUCCAUUGAAAUUACGCACAGGUUCAGAGGCACUGAUUUCUUGUGCCGGUCUGUAAAAUACCUGCAGGUGGUUGGAAUGUUUGCCUCCGCAUAUAUGAUAGUGGCUAUGACCAGAGACCGGUACCAUGCUGUUUGCAAACCGAUGGUUUCCUUCUUGAAGGGCUCGUUUAAGAGAUACUACAGUAUAGGCGCAGCGUGGAUGAUCUCCCUCGCGUUCAGCUCACCUCAGCUCUUCAUCUUCUCUCUCCAGGAGGUCGAGGAAAACCAGUUCGACUGCUGGGCUUCAUUCAUAGAACCAUGGGGGAGCAGGAUAUACAUCACCUGGAUCACUCUGUCUGUGUUUGCUCUUCCUGCUGUUGUUUUACUCUAUUGUCAAAUGAGAAUAUGCACAACAAUCUACUUCAACAUGAAGAAAAAAGCGCUGCAGGGAAGACGCACACUGCGCACAGGUACGAAGGGGGUGUCCAACGCCAUGCUGAAGACUGUGAAAAUGACAUUUGUCAUUAUACUGGCAUACACAGUGUGUUGGAGUCCAUUUUUUGUUGUCCAACUGUGGUCUGCAUGGAGUCCAAGCAGUGCACCAACAAAAGGUCCAGUUUUUGUCAUCAUCAUGUUACUGGCCAGUCUCAACAGCUGCACCAACCCUUGGAUAUACAUCUACUACAGCUAAACAGUUCCAGACUGUUCCAACUAUUCAUUUACAUGGAUUGGACAUAUACAAGCCAGGGUCUGAUCUGAAGAUCUGGAUGGAUUACACCCAGAAAACCAAGAAAAAAAAAAAAAAAAAAACUAUGGGGUUAAAACAUGUUGUUGGAACAACAGGACUUAAAAAAUUACUGUUGUAAAAUGUACUGUU